AUGGAAGCGGCGGAGACGCAACUGGCGCGUGCGUUAGCGGCGCUUACAGAGCGCGAGUUCCCAUUAUCUCGUGGUACAGAGCAGCGUCUCGAUGCAUACUUACAGCUAGAAGAACUGCAGCGUUUGGAAGACACGGAAGUAUCUGUUCUUCAGCUGCAAAGACAUCUCGCACCUCUUUUAAGCGAAUUGCGCUUUGAUCUGCAGCAUAACACGUUAAGGGACGUGUUACAUGCAGCACUGUGUUGUCUUUCGUACUUUAUGCAUCAUCGUAGUCUAGCAGCUUCGUUCUCAGACGACCAGGUGACUUUUUUCCUUGGAGAACUGAUCAGACGAUUGUUCUCGACGUUGGAUCGGAACACGUACAAAAUGUGUCUUUGGUGCCUUAUUAUGCAGAAUUUUCCAGUUGAGAGACACCAUUUUCUGCCACAUACAGUUGAAGGAUUGGUACAGGCGGUUGUGAAUCCAUUCAAGUCACGUGCAAUUGAAGUGCAGGCGUUGAAAGGUCUUCAUUUGCUGCUGGUAAAGUAUCCGGAGCAAUUGGGUGUUAAUAGGACCGUGUUGAGUAUCUAUAUACGUCCAAUUGCUAGUCGACUAUCAAGUAACGAUACGUCGACAAGGACUCAAGCACGACUGGUGCUUGAAGAAGCGAGUAAACAUGCUGCCAAAUGGUCACAGGAGACGCUGGAAAUGGUGCAUGAUUGCACUGAAGAAUAUGUGUUAUCUGUUAUGAAGUUGCAUAUGGACCGCGGCCAUCAAAAAGAUGCGAUGUAUCUGUGGAAGUUGACUUUGAUAUUGCUGAGGUCGAGGCUCUCAACAUGUUUGGAAAAGCUGAAUCAGAUUUUGUACGUCCCGGAGAAAUGCAUGAAAGAUAAAGAUGCAGCCGUACGACUGAUGGCUAUGCAUGCGUGGGCUGGGAUCGUAGACAUUUUUCAUGAUUGUCAAAAUUGGUUAUUCAAUAAAGCCGUGGUGAGUUUACUGGCAUGGCCAAUCAAGUUUUGUCUGGAGCACGAACGGCUGUUAAACGUUGUGGAUGCAGCAUUUCUGUCAUGGCAAAACAUUGUAAGCAUCGCAGUUCAAGAUUUUAAUUUUUAUUGCAAAGCCCAACAGCAGUAUGUCGAGGCAGGACAGCAGCAGUUUGUGCCUGAGUGGAAGUUCUGGUUCGGAGAACUUGUCAUUGGUCCUCUGCUCACAUUGAUGACAAAGCGAAUUUAUACUGAGGACAGUUCGUCCAUUGAACUUGAGCUGAAGCAAUUUAUUGAUUUUGCGAGACGAAUAUGGAAACUCGAGGUGCGUGAAUCUGGUAAAAGCAAGAGUGAUCCCUGUUGGAGUGGAAGCAGUAGUAGCGCAAUUGGUAUUGGGUCCGUUGUUGAUGGAUGCGUCACUACGAAGCAGCAGGACAAUGUUUGCGGACUGAUCCCGAAGGGUGGUCAGACCGGCGAUCCGGUUUGCAUCACAUCUGAGCUGAUCGGUAUCGCUUUUCUUUUUGAAGACAUUUGCAAAGCUAUGUCUAGCCUGAUUAAGAUAUCAGACGAGAGUAACAAUGAAGUAAGCAAGAGGUAUGCAUGUGAUCUGGCAAUGACUACAUGGAUGGGGGUUUGUCAACGCGUUCUCUCCGGCAGAGAGAGAGCACGGGGCAUGAGACGUGAAGACACUUCGCAGACGUCGAUUUUGUCUUUGCGUCUCGCAAGAAUGGCAAUUGAAUUCUCAUUUGGAAUACUAACUUUGAGAUCUGCUUCGGCAGCGACACCUGCGCCAUCCGGUGUGGCUGCCCCAACUCAACAGUCUGGUAAGAAUAUCGAAGACAAAGCUGUUGUUUCGUCAUCGGUGGGAUUUGGAGUGAAGUGGCAACUGCGGUUGCUCAUUCCGCUUGUGUCCGAUAUCUCAUUUUCGGGAGAAUUACAAGCUGUGAUUCUUCAUCCAAAAUGCAAAAUUUUUGAUCAUGUUACUCAGCGCAUGGGUUAUCUUAAGAAAGAGUACGCCCAGUGUGCGAUGGUCUUGGAGAAAUGGAAUAGCAGUGAAGGAGUCGACGGACUCCAAAUUGACUUUUCCGCCAAGUCAAAUGUGCUGGCUUACCUUGUGUUAAAUUUGCUUUUUGAGUACGCCAUUUUUGUUGAUGACAUGCAGAAUAACUAUGAGAGUAUAACGGAAUCGAUGUUGGCGUCUAUGAAAAUUGUUUUGAAAAACCUCAUGCUGAGUACAAAGGUUGGCUCUCACCAAGAGGUUAAAGGGCUUGACGCCGUGAGUCGUUACGGUGAGGAAUUUAUCCGUGUAGCUGACGAACUUGUCGUUUCUGUGGAGAGUAAAAGACCGAGCAUGCUCGACGAGCUAGCAAGUGUUUGCAAGAACUUGACGGAGCACACCAGCGAAAGUCAGCAGAAUACGUCGCUGUUACUGGAUUUGCACCAACCAUGUGAAAAUUCCGGUGCUGUUGCUCGCGCGACUGCCAGCACAACUAGUGUUCAUAGCGAUGCAUCUGAUGCAGAAGAAAAGAGUGCUGGAAAUGCUAUAGACCAGACUGAGUAUCUAACAGCAUCAUUUGAUGCAACUACCUCCUCAUCGUGCUUACGAAGUGGAGAGAUUUUGACAAUACCGUGUGCAAGGCCGGUUGAACAAAGCCCAGCAUCUAUAAUUGAUGAACAACCGAAGCUUCAACGCGAUUCUCAGCUAGCCCCAUAUCAAAGCUCCGAUGAAAGCUGUGACCCCAAAGGUGCUGUAACAACUCCGCAAAAAUCAGGAGACUAUGGGCAAAAGGAUGCGGAGUCUCCAAGUAUGAAGGCUUCGCUGAUGCGUCCCUUUGAACCUCAAUUGGCCUCGCCGAAGCUGACAGCUGAAGGUGCUCGCCAUCUAAAUCUCAUCGCGUCACAGUGUAUUUACCCAGACCUCGUGGAAUGUACAGAACAGAUUGCGUCGCUGUACAGGCAUGUCCCCAUCAGUUUCCGGCCGUUUUUCUCGUUCUACAAAAUCAGAACCAUUGGUGACUUGAGUGCCUUGCCCGUGGAAAAAGUGAAGACUUUUGGGCUCAAGGAGCCUGUGAACAUCGUUCGACGAGCGUUGGACGAUUUUAAUGAACGGAAGGUCCGUAUGAAGUCAUUAGCUGGUAGCCCUUUCCGUCAGAGGUGUGUAUCGGCCACCGCAAGUCCAGCCAUUUCUACGCCAUCUCCCCACAAAUCGAGCAAACGUCCUUUUCUUGUGGAUGGUGGGGCUAUCUCUCCUCUCACUAUUGAAACACGCGAACACAAGCGUGCGAAACGAUCGUUGGUGCUUAAAAAUGCAGAAGACGGUGAAGAAAAGCAAGAGAGUGAAGGAACUCAUCGAAAACCUGAGUUGAUCGACAAAGUCACGCUGUGCCUUCGAUCUGGCGACACUGGGAAGAUUCAAAUUACUCGCCAUGGACACGACGACUCGCUUAGCCAGAUGAAGCCUUCCGACAAGAUUGAUACGAAAAAACAUGUGCAAGAGAAGAUGGAUAGCUACACACUUCAAUUACUCCAGCAUUUACGGAGAUCGGCUUACUACAUGGAUAAACUCGUUGCAGAAGAAGUGAGUAUACAAAGUGGUGAAGAAAGUCUGCAGACCAACAUUGCAACAGCUAGUGACGUUAUCACGAAUUACCACGAAGCCCACGAUUUGGUGGCUCGACUUGCAUCGCAGCUUCAGAUUGCAGCUGAAACAAGUUCCAAGCGUUGCCGUAAACUGCUGGCGAAGUAUGCUCCAACAUGA